AUGUCCGACAAUGGGGAUUUGGCCGAUUCGGCUUACGAGAUGAUUGGUAACCACUCUGAAUUCAGCAGCCAAGACAGUCCCUUGAGUAGUCCUGAUGACGCUUUGUCUGAGAGCAUCAGCUCUCUGCCUCCACACCCUUCCGACGAUGUUCGCAGUUUAGAUGGUUCGGAGGACCGAUUCACGACCGAGUCAGAUGAAGAACGAGAGGAGGAAGACGAACCAACGGACACGGACGGUGCCGAGGAAUUGAGUUCCUCUCGUGCUUCCUCCAUCAAAUACACGGAUCAAGCGCUACAGUCUCCAUCGACAAGUGUUCCGGCAAACCCCUUGCAUUAUGGCUCGGUGGCGUCCAUUCCAGAUACGUCAAAGUCUAUCGAGUUUCAGGAAGCAGCCAGCGACGCCGUUGACAGUUCACCCGUAUUCGUUCGGCAUGCGAUCAAGGAGUACACGGAUGACGAGGCCAAGGCGCUGAGCAAGUCUCUGGACACUCACGAGCCACCCCGGUCUUUGUCGGUCUCACUGCGCCAGACAAUGUCCCAGGCCUGCCUCUCCACCGAGGAGCCUUUGCGAGUUCUAUACACAGGUUCGGCAGCAGCGCAGAGAGAUAUCUUACUGAAAGUUUCAUCCGCUAUCUGGGUCUCACCAAAGGACGGCCAUAAAGAGGACGGCCAAUUCAUGAGGCACCGGGAAGGGGUUUACAACAUUGUGCCGAUCUCCUCGUUUGGAUCUGCUCCAGAACUGGACCUUAUGGAAGCUUCAAGCUACCAAAUCAAAGUUGAGCAUUGCACCUCAGCUACUGCAACACCACUGAGAGAUGGACCCGAACAUGGGCCCUCUACGGUUUAUUCAAUUACCAUUGAGCAUGAGCGGACCUACGCUUCUUGCCCCUCGCGCUUCGGCCCAGCUGUCCUUGACCCUCAGUGGGAUGUCCCUCACCUUGCCAUUUUCUACUGCUCAGAAAACGAGGAUGAGGAAGAUCAGAAGACCAGAGAGGCCGCGUGGGGAUUCACCAAACGUCAUGGGAUUCCAUCCAUCUUCAUCUCCGAGCACCUGCGCAUCGACAAACAGGCUGUUGCUUACUGGAGCAAGUAUCUCGAUAAGCAUGCGAUCCACAUCUCCCUCGAGUCCAGCGACCCCACAAAGACGAUGGUUCCCCGACUACUACCUGUCGAUCUGGAAUCUUUCGGGAACAUCAAUGCUUGGCAGAUGAACCGUAACAUUGCCUAUCUGACGGGUCUGUCCGAUACGAAAGGGCCCGGAAAGCAGCACGAGUCAGCUACGAAAGCUACAAAGUGGUGGCAGAGCUUGACGCCCUCGAGAAUGUCCCGGGACCAAGUCAUCGAGGUAAUCGGAUGGAAGAGAUGGCUCUUUACCUUGUUUCUCCCGCUAUUUGGGGCACUUUUGGCCCAGCUCUUCUCGGCAUACUCGGGACUUCUUCCAGCGCAACACCUUCAGUCAUCGCGGGCGUCACAAGCUCCGGCGGUCAUCGAGACGACUUCGGUACUCCCCUCUACUGUAUCUGUUAAGAUUACGCAUACCUCAACGGCGACAGUCGUGGUCAAUAUUACAUCCACCAAGACGAUCCAGGCCACUCCUUCCACAAAGCCAUCAGCUAGUAGCUUGGCCUCUGCCCUAUCCUACGCUGGUCUGCUCUUGGAUCGGCCCUCCAAUACCCCGGUUGAUUCCCAACCACAGAAAACGGUUUGCUCUGUGCGGGUGAACAGUCCGAAUGAACUGCUGGUCGUGAUACCCUCCAGCAGCAAGGCAAUGUGGCUGGCAAAAGGCGCAAUCGACAUCGAUGUAUAUCAGGGGGAGGAGCGACUCAAGACGAAGCUUUCGUCUGUGGAUGAAGGUAUCUUGGUCGAAUUGCCGGUCAAGCAGGCUCAAGGGCGCUUCAAUGUUUCCGUGAUCAGCAACCGCAGACCGAAGAUGAACGAGACCUUUGAAGUUGACUUUGGCAAGGAUCUCAUUAUCGAAGCGUUUGAGGCGAGCAGGCUGCUGCUGCAGGACUUUACCAGUGUUCUUUCGGCUGCAAAAAAGGAGGCGAUGCACAUUGGAUCGUCUCGGGUUGCCGAAACGCGCAAUGCUGCCAAGAACACUUACAAAGAGAUGGCUAAGAAGGUCAGGGAUACCGUUUCAACAGGAGAUAUUGCUACAUUUUGGAAGAAAAUGGAUCAGGGAGUUCACCAACUCGAAGUGUCCGUUGUCAAGGCGCAAAUCAAUUCCAAGCUAGUAUGGCUCAAGUUGCGGGGAACGCGCGAGGAGUACAACGACUACCUCGCCAAUGCAACUCGUUUUCUUCAGGAAUUUGAGGCGACACCCCAAGAGAAGAAGGAGGAGUCACACGAAGAAGCCGGAUCAGAUGGACUGUAUGGAUUUCUGGGAAGACUUCGCGCGGGGCUGAAGGACAAGAAGGAUCAGAGCCCCCAAGGACGGAACAAGGGCGCGGACAUGCUGUGGAGGCUUAUGGCAUGA